AUGUGCAGGAAUUCAGUAUCUGGGACGCUGGUGGCGAUUUUGGAAGAUUUCACAUAUAUGCAGAAUGUCAAAGUCUCUUGCGUGGUUGCAAAGUGUGCAGGAUAUGGCAGUUGGACAGAUCCACACGGGAUACUAGUCAGAGACAGAUAUAUGCUAGAAGGUACCUCUAACUCUGGAAAAGUCAGCGAAUGCGAUUUGAUCUUUAAAGUGCACGCUGCUUAUACAGCGUCUCAUACCUAUUCUUCAUCAUUCUUGCCCCCCUGUGCCACUCCAUCCAUUGCACUAUUAUCUCCUUCUUCCCUUGGACCACCUUUCCUGUAUAUCCUACACAGAAAAUCGAUUCACACACGCCCCACUUCUUGCACCGUUCACGACCUCUUUUUCAAAACCAAAACCCACCACAUACCCUCAUCGUUGAAAAUUACACAAAUCCCAUGA